AUGGCGGACUCAGUUAUCGCCUUGCAAGCUUCAGGAAUAGUCUGCCCGGAAGCCAUUCGCACCGGGUCGAAAGACAAGGUGGCCAGCCUGGUAUCCUCAGCCAUAGUGCCGUUCAGGCACACGCCCCCUAUCAGAGGAGGGCGUCAAUCUGUAACUGUUGUUGUUCCCCAGUAUGAGACAGUGGUUGACUCAGAGAGCCUAGGUACUCUACAACCUGUAGCCUAUCACACUGUGAACCGACGCUACAGCGACUUCCUCCACCUGCAGACACGCCUGGAGGAGAAGCCUGACCUCAAGAAGAUGAUUAAGAAUGUCAAGGGACCCAAGAAGAUUUUCCCUGAUCUUCCAUUUGGAAACCCAGAUAUUGACAAGGUGGAAGUUCGAAAAGGACAGCUGGAUACCUUUCUUAAACAACUGUGUACCAUCCCUGAGACGGCCAACAGCGACGAGAUGCAGGAGUUCCUGGCUCUGCACACAGACGCCAGCACAGCCUUCGAGAAGAAACCAUUUGUUAUGUCCAGGAUUGAUAAGAUGAUGGCAAAUGCUGUAGACACGCUGAAGACAGCAUUCCCGCGUGCUGAGGAUGACCUGGAUGGAGAGCCUGCUGAAGUGAGGAAUGCCCCAGAAGGAAGGAAGAGGUCUGUCCGGCUGAGGUUCUCCAGUAAAGUCGCCCCUGCUCUCAAUAUACCUGAAAUCCAGCCCAAAGUCAUAUACUGCUUCAAUGAAGGGAGCACUGUGUUCCAUGGCCUGUCCCUGUCUGGUCUGGAGGGCUUUAUAAAGGACCAGGAGGCUUUGCUCUAUGCUCCCCAGGAGAAGGAGGCUGACGGGAGGAGGUUCAGUGUGCUACCUGGCAAAGACAGGAAGGGAGGUGGGGGUCGGGAGAGAAAACUACGGGGGACAGACACGGCCGUGGCAGACGUAGCUCUGAACAUCCUGUGUCUGCUGAUGAAGGACCAGUGGAGCUGGCUGUGUACUGAGAACAUACAGAAGACCAUCAGACUGCUGUUUGGCACCUUCAUUGAGAGGUGGCUGGACGUGGGCAUGGCCCACCUGACCAGUGCUCCCUGCUGGGUGAUCUACCUCCAGGUGAUGCAGGAGGCAGUGUGGCCCGGGGGUGUCCUCCCUGAUGGGCCCCGUCCUGACCGCAGCCUCAUCCAGAGAGAAGAGACCAGGCAGCAGUGUCUGCACUGCCUCACACAGCUACUACCAGACCUGAUUGCUGACAUGCUGGGUUCUGAGAAGUACAGAGUGAGCUGGGAUAUGGCACUGGCAUCUCUGCAGGACCCUAACAUCAACCGGCACCUGAUCUACUGUAUCUGUGAUCUGCUGUUGGAGUUCCUGAUUCCAGAGUCUUCAGAGGAGGGCUUUCAGAGAUCUCUACUACACAGUCUCUUUGGGGACGAAGAGAGGCUUUCUGCUUCAGCUUGACGACACACCAGCACACAACCCCUCUCUCUGCUCCCCUGUCACUAUCCCUAUCUAUUACCCUCUAACCCCCCUCCCAUCCUGGCUGGCUCAUCAAUAUGGUAACCAUGGUCCUGCUGGGUUAAUCAGAAUGGGACCAGAGCUUUACUGGAGCUUCUCAUGACAUCAGAGAAGAGAGGUGAGGAACGCGGAGAAGGGGGGGAUGAGGGGGAGGAGGAAAAGGGCUGGGGAGAUAGAAGGAGGGGUGGGAAGGCUGGGAAAUGGGCUCUUGAACUCCUUACACUUUAUAGGCAACGCUCUAAAAUGACUGAUGACAUUUUAUUGAAUGUAUUCUCAAGGCACUGUGUUGGUGAUUGUGCUAAUAUUGUGUUUUAAUUAGAUGCUUGUGUAGAGAAACACAUUUAUGUAAAUAUGUAUGUACAGUAUAUGCAGUAAUUAUUUGAUGUGUUUAUUUAUUUAUAUGUAAAAUGCAGUAUGUGUGAUAUCAAUAGAUAUACAGUGGGGUCUGAAAUUAUUGACCCCCUUGAUAAAGAUGAGCAAAAAUGACUAUAUAAAAUAAAUAUUUCAAAUACUGA